GGACAACAUAAGCUGUGGGAGUUGGCUUACACUACUAGUGACUACUGUGUGACUGUGCACACUAUUGCUACUGUCCAUCGAUUGAAGCCUGAGCAAAGAAGGUAACUGAAAAUGGUUUGGGAGGGAGGAUUCCAGGCCAAUGGCACAGAAGGCAAGAACUUCUACAUCCCUAUGUCCAACAAGACUGGGGUUGUUAGAAGUCCUUAUGAAUAUGAACAGUAUUAUAUGGUAGAUCCCAUCAUGUUCAAGCUUCUAGCUUUCUACAUGUUCUUCUUGAUCUGCACUGGAACUCCCAUCAACGCUCUGACAUUGUAUGUAACGGCUACGAACAAAAAGCUCCGGCAACCUCUCAACUACAUCCUGGUCAACCUUGCUGUGGCUGGACUGAUCAUGUGCCUGUUCGGGUUCACUAUCACCAUCAUAUCUGCUUUCAGCGGCUACUUCAUUCUCGGAGCCACUUCCUGCGCUAUUGAGGGAUUCAUGGCCACACUUGGAGGUGAAAUUGCUCUAUGGUCCCUUGUAGUCCUGGCUGUUGAGAGAUACAUUGUCGUCUGCAAACCCAUGGGAAGCUUCAAGUUCAGUGGAACUCAUGCAGGAGCUGGAGUGGUUUUCACCUGGAUCAUGGCUCUUGCAUGCGCUGCACCCCCACUGUUUGGCUGGUCCAGGUACAUUCCUGAGGGCAUGCAGUGCUCCUGUGGACCUGACUACUACACUCUGGCUCCAGGCUUCAACAAUGAAUCAUAUGUCAUCUACAUGUUUGUCGUCCACUUCUUCACUCCCGUCUCCAUCAUUUUCUUCAGUUAUGGAUGCCUUGUGCUGACAGUCAAAGCUGCUGCAGCCAAGCAGCAGGAGUCAGAGUCCACCCAGAAGGCAGAGAGGGAAGUGACACGCAUGUGCUUCUUGAUGGUUAUGGGCUUCCUGGUAGCCUGGGUGCCAUAUGCCUCUUUCGCCGGUUGGAUCUUCCUGAACAAGGGAGCUUACUUCUCCCCCCUGACAGCAGCUAUACCCGCCUUCUUUGCAAAGAGCUCAGCAUUGUACAACCCUAUUAUCUACGUGCUGUUGAACAAACAGUUCCGUAACUGCAUGCUGAGCUCUGUUGGAAUGGGUGGCACGGUGGAUGAUGAGACCUCAGUCUCUGCCAGCAAGACAGAAGUGUCCUCUGUGUCUUAAGGGGAGACACUGCAGAUUAAUGGAUAUGAUGAACGGACUCUGGACCAAACACGCUGAGGGAUUCUGUCUCAACUAACAACUGUAAUGAAAAGCAUUUGCUAUGGAGGUUAUCUUGCACAGCAUUUGUGUCUGUGUGUGCAAGGGCAUAUGAGUGAGUGAGUGAGUGAGUGAGUGAGUGAGU